CUCCUACUUCCAAAUACAUUGAUAAUAUAAUUGAUAACGAGUGGUCUACGUACAUCAUUCCUUUUCAUUCUUAUUUCGUAAUCGUGAUUACGUAACAUACGAAAACGGAACCGAUAAAGUGGCAGUCGACUUAUGUAUUGACCUCCGUCGUACCUCUAUUCGAAUAUAAACAAAAUAACAAACAAACUGCAGUAGCGCCACGCCAUUUUUAUCUCAAGUUUCUCGUGAUGCUUCAGAUAUUUUGGAGUCGGAAUUGUGGAAUUGGACUUACGAUAAUACUCGAGUAGAACUCCGCUUGUUGUCACUGUCAGCUGUCAUAAAUAAUUUAAUAUAGAACAAAAGAUGUUGUCCAUGGAACGUAUACCUGAUCAAGUUGGUUACUUAGUAUUAAAAGAGGAUGGGGCUGUGCUUACGUCUGGCGGGGAGUUGGAGAAUGAUGAACGAAUCGCAAACAUAGUUAUGAGUCUAAUAACCCUUACGGACACCAUCGAUCCUAAGGCGUUUUCGUCUAACGAUACUUUCAACAAAAUAUCAAUCACUUAUGGAGAUCACUGCUACGUUAUUUGCCUGUCGAAUAAGAAAAUAUAUGUCGUUAAGAAGAAAACUGUAUCUCUAACUUCUUCACAAGAAGGACAACAACAACAGCAACAGCCCACUGUCAAUGCCUAAAAAUUUCAUAGGUGUUUUUACAUAAAUCAUACGAUUUCCAUGUACAUAAAUAUCGAGUUAAAAUAUUUGAGCCGUUGAAAAGGCAUUAUACAUAUUUUAUCUACGAAAAUAAAAAUUAUGUUACUACCGA